UAUGCCAUACGGCGAACGAAACUUUUACUUCAAGUAUCGAAAACGAUGACGAAUUAUUUGAUUUGCUUCGAGAAAAAGGUAAAAAUUAUAAAAAUGAACUUCCAUUAUUGACGGAAAUGUAUCAAAAUGAUUCGCCAAAUAGUACCGACGAAGAAUGGGAUAAAGUUUUGGCAAGCCUACAUUCGAGUAAUACCACUGCAAAUAAUGAACCGCUUCUGACAGAAAACUAUCAAAAUGACUCGCCAAACGGUGCUGAAGACGAAUGGGAUAAAGUUUUGGCAAGCGUACAUUCGAUUAAUGUCACUGGAAAUAAUGAACCAGUUCCGGCAGAAAGCUAUCAAAAUGAUUCUCCAAACAAUAUAAGUGAUUUGACUCAAACAUCAAAUUUUAAAUCGAAUGAAAAUAUUGAUGACGAUUUAAAAAAUUUACUGUCGUUAGUUGGGUCGAAUGAAGUUUUAAAUGAUGCGCCCGAAUACAGUGAGGAAGAAAUGGACGAAGAUCCGCCAUACGAUGAAUUUGUUCUACCCGGUAACUUAGAAGAUUUUAUAACAACGCCCGCAAAUACUGAAGUAACAAACGAAUCGAUAAAUAAGGAACAACCAGAGGAUGAACCUCCUUAUGAUGAUUUUAUUCUACCCGAUAACUUCGAAGAUUUUAUAACAACACCCGAAAAUAAUCAAGUGACAACAGAAUCGAGAGACGAAUCAUUCUAUAAUGAAAAUUUCGAUGAAGUUAGUACUACAACUGAAAAUGAUCAUCCAUUCAAAUUAGAAUUGAUUACGACAGAAAAAAUGGAGUUCGAAAAUGAUGCCGAAAUGGGUACAGAUAAAAAUGUGCGAGAAUUGAAUAAAUUGUUAAAUUUGGACGAUUCGUCAAAUGAUGUAUCAAGUUCUAUCGAUGUAUCAAGUUCCAUUCAAUUAGGGACGCGUUUUGCAUCACCUGUUUAUUCAUCGCUAUCCACAAAUGAAGAAGAUCAAUCUUCCGAAGAGGAUUCCGAGCAAAACGAUGAAACAAGAGACGCAAAUAAUGUGACGCAAGUUGUUCGUUUGGAUGAUAUUUUAAAUGAGAAAGUUGAUUUGAAAAAUAAAUUUCCCCCCAAACUAUAUGGAAAACAGGCGAGUAAUCAACGAAGUUUGGCAUUUGUGUUCGAUUCGACUGGUUCAAUGUGGGAUGAUUUAGAGCAACUGAAAGGUGGUGCAGAGAAAAUUAUGUCCGCUAUGGAAGAACGUGACGAUAACCCAAUUUACAAUUAUAUUUUGGUACCAUUCCAUGAUCCCAAAGUUGGACCAGUAACUAUAACAAACGAUAAAGCACUGUUUCGACAGAAAUUGGAAGAAAUGGAAGUUUAUGGUGGUGGAGAUUGUCCCGAAAUGUCUUUAGGUGGAAUUAGUAUGGCAAUUGAUGCUAGUCUACCAAGAUCUUAUAUUUAUGUGUUAACGGACGCCACGGCAGCUGAUCAUAUUUUAGUUGGCAGUAUUUUGGAUAAAGUUCUUCAAAAACAAAUUCAGGUUGUGUUUGUUUUAACUGGAGAUUGUAAUAAUCGCACAAGUCCAGAAUACACGGUCUAUGAGAAAAUAGCAGCCGCAAGUUCGGGUCAAGUUUUUCAUUUAAAAAAAUCGGAUGUCAAUCAAGUAUUGGAUUUUGUACGGAAAACUUUAGAUUCAAGGCGUGAAAAUUUAUUAGUAGUGACAAAUGUUAGUCCCACAAAUAAGUCACCGCAUAAAGUUGCAAUCGAUAGUUCAUUGGAUCAAUUUACAAUAUCUGUAUCAGGAACAAAUCCAAAAAUUGAUGUAGUGAAUCCAGAAGGUGAACAUAUUAAUGAACCACCAAAAGUUGAACAAAUUUUGGACUUGGAAAAUAUACAGGUUAUAAAUGUAAAUAAUCCUUCAAAUGGUAGCUGGGAAAUAAAUGUUUCAAGUGGAUCAGAUCAUUCUAUUCGAUUAUCGGGUCUAACUGAUUUACGCAUAGAUCAUGGUUUUUCAGUUAAUGUUCCAAAAAAUAUGGAUGAAACGAAUCAUAGACCUUUACAUGGUCAAAAUACAUAUUUGCUGUUAAAACCAUCAAAUGAUACAAUUGUGGAUCAAAUAACAUCUGUGGACCUUAUUGGACUUGAUGGACAACCAUUAAGGCAUAAUAUACAAUUGGGUUUGUUGCCAGGAACAAAUGAUACAUAUAUUUCGGAAAAAUUUAAGCCUCCAGUCUCAUUUUUCAACCUCUUCAUAAAAGGUGAAGAUAAAAAUGGUAAUCCAUUUAUCCGAUUGACAAAUACUGCAAUAAAAACCCAAUUUCCAGAAAAACCAUUUGUAACGGUUAAAGUACCAGAAGUCUAUCAUUUAGUGCAUGUUCCAUUGGAUAUAAGUUGCCAUGUCGAAACAUUAGUACCAGCGAAAGUUCAAUGGUUUAAAAAUGGGAAGGCAGUUAGUGAUCGUCUUACAAAAGAACAAACUGGGUGGUUUCAUUGGUCAGAUAUGUUCCCAAAUAUUCACACAGCUGGGUUGUAUACUUGUAAAGCUGAAAAUGAAGCAGGAGAAAACGAAGAAAAUGUUAGACUACACAUGAUUGAAUCACCUGUCCUAAAAAAACCUUAUAAAUUGGUAGAAAGCUUAAAACCAGGUUCAGCAUUUUAUGCAGACUGUUAUGCAGUGGCUGGAAUCCCCUCGCCUGGCAUUGAAUGGAUGAAAAACGAAAAAAUCAUUACACCUGAUUCUGGUAUUAACAUCCUUUUAAAUGGAACCCUUUCUAUCCCGUACGUUACAAGUGCGCAUGAGGGUUUAUACCAAUGUGUUGCAGCUAAUUCAGCUGGAGUUGAUGCAUUUAAUUUGGAUAUCCGUGUUGAAGUUGCGCCAAGUUUUACCGUCGAAAGCGAUAAUUAUAUAGCCAUUGAAGAAUUUGUGGAUAAAAGUUUAGAGUUACAUUGCCAAGCGGUUGGUGUUCCAAAACCAUUUAUUACAUGGUUAAAAGAUGGAAUUAAACUGAUCCCAACGGACGAUUUCCAGCUUUUAGAUGAAAACACAACACUUGUAAUUCCAAAAUUGGCUGUAAAUCAUGAAGGCUUAUUUACUUGUAUUGCAUUCAAUAAAGUUGGAUCCGUUAACAAAUCAAUUUCAUUAUCCGUCCUUGUACUUCCAACUAUUCAAAGUCCUAUCACCGACGAUGAAGUUCAAGUUAUAGAAGGUAACAAAGUACUACUGCCAUGUUUAGCUUUUGGAAAACCAAAGCCUACCGUUUCUUGGACGAUUAAUUCAACGAAACACGAUGAACUAAUCCACAUAUCAGGCGAAAACACAAAUUUGAGUUUUACAGCAAAUCGAAACGAUUCAGGCCGCUAUGAAUGUGUAGCUCAGAAUGCGUAUGCUAGCGUAAGUCGAGUAUGGUAUUUGGACGUAUUUACACGACCAAUUAUCGAACCGUCGUUCAAUGAAACUAUUGAAAUUCAUGAAAAUGAAACAUUGGAAUUAACAUGUCAUGCUACCGGACAUCCGAAGCCAACUUUAACAUGGAAAUCAAGUCAGUUGUUCGAUCAAUUCCCAACCGAUGACGAUGAGAGAGUGACAAUAAUUGGAAAACGAGAUCAAACACCUAUAUUUUGUACAUGCUUUGCUGAAAAUUCCGCUGGGAUUACCAAUAAAACAUUUACGAUAAUAGUCAAAGCUCCCCCAAAAUUGUUGGGAGAACAUUACAAUAGCAUUCAAAAACUGGAAAAUGAAACACUACUAAUGGUUUGUAUGGCUGAAGGCAAUCCAAAACCUGACAUUACAUGGUACAAAAAUGACGAAUUACUUAAUAAUGGUAGUUCAUUUGUAAUUAAUUCCGAUAAUUCGCUAAGUAUUCCAUCGAUUGAAAGAAAUUUAACGGGAGUUUACAUGUGUGAAGCUAAAAAUUCUGAAGGUGACGAUUUCUUAGUGUAUAAUGUUACAGUGUUAGUUCCGCCAGAACCGAAUAAUUCUGUAAACAAUAAUGUGGAAAUAAUUGAAGGAAAAAGUGUUCAAAUAGAAUGUCCGAUUAUGGAUUCAUUCCCACCACCAACCGUACAAUGGUUUAAGAAUGGAAACAAUGUAGAAAAUACACAAGUUCCAAAGAACCAUACACAAAAUAACUUAUUAUUUAUUCAAACAACGACAAUUGCCGAUGAUGGAAUCUAUGUUUGUGUCGCCACAAAUAUUGCUGGUACAGCUGAAGCUCAAGUCUAUUUGACUGUUUUGUAUCGACCAAAGAUCAAAAAUAAACAAAAUACACCGAUUCGAAUUAAAAAGCAUACGGGUGAUGUUGUUCAGUUGAAAUGUGAAGCUGAUGGAAAUCCAACGCCAAAAACCCAGUGGCUUCGUAAUAACAAAGUUAUUUCAAAAGAUAAUUCGACUUUAUCGAUAGAUAAUUUAGAGUUAGAAGAUCGUGAUAAUUAUACUUGUCAAGCGAGUAAUCGAAUUGGUCGUGAUGAAAAUGUCUACUUUUUAGAUGUUUUAGAACCACCAAAAAUUCAAGGACCUGAUCAUGAACAAAUCGAUGUAGUACGUGGGCAAACAUCCAUAAUUGUGUGUGAAGUGACUGGAUUUCCGCAACCAGAAAUCUUAUGGUCGAAAUCAAGUACAGAUAUGCCAUUAGAUCAACUUGGAAUUGAAAUUGUGGAUAAUCGAUUGAAAAUUUUAUCCAUGGAUUAUCAACAUCAGGGUAAUUACAAAUGUGAAGCAAUCAAUACUGAAGGAAUUUCGACCAAAUCAAUCAACAUUAAAAUUAAAGUUGAGCCAACUAUAACGGUUAUCCCAAAAAAUAAAACUAUAACUGUGAAAGAACAUGAUAAAUUCGUUCUGGAGUGUAUUGUCGAAGGGAUACCAAAACCAGAAUUACUCUGGGAUAAAAAUGGUGUUGAAUUAUCAAUUGAAAAUUUUCAACGUGAAUUUACUGCUCGUAGCUAUCCAAUCCAAUCAAAUUUAACUAAAUACACUCUAACAGCUCGAGAUGUAACUGCUUCGCUUAGCGGAAAUUAUCAUUGUAAUGCAAGUAACGCAUUGGGAACAAGUUCUUCAGAAUUCAACGUUACAAUAUUAACAUCUCCUAAACUAAAAUUGGGCACAAACAGCCAAAAUAAUUCGAUUGAAGCAACAGAAAAUUCACCUGGAAUAUUUGUAUGUAACAUUGACCUUGGAAAUCCACCUGCGAAAAUUACAUGGUACAAAAAUAAUAAAAUAUUAUCAGAAAAAUUGGAUAGCAAAAUUCAAAUUGAGUCUAAUGAAACAAUUUUAAAAAUUUUGGAUGUAAAUCCCAUGGAUAGUGGAAUCUAUAAAUGCAGUGCAUCAAAUCCUAUUGGCAAGAUUGGACAAUCGUUUAAUUUCGAUGUUUUAGUUCCACCAAAAACUGACAGUGACAUGCAAGUUCCAAUUGAUAUUAUUUUGGGCGAUGAUUUGAAACUAUAUUGUGAUAUUUCUGGCCAUCCAAAACCAUCGAUUAUGUGGUUAAAGGAAUCUUCUCCAAUUGAAAAAGUUAACUCGACGAAUGAAUUACUGAUACUUCCAAAUGCAUCCAGUUCCGAUAGCGGUGAAUAUACAUGUGUUGCCAUUAAUAAAGCUGGCACUUCGAAAAUGUCGUUUAAUGUCAAAGUUUUAGAACCUCCGAAAUUUUUGGAUACUUCUCCUGCCGAAUUAAACAUAAAUACAUCCAUAAAACAUGGUUUUGUAUUACGAUGCGAGAUUGGAGGUAAUCCACCACCAAAUAUUACAUGGGAAAAAGAAGGACGUCCCCUUUUCAACCGAUUAAAUAACAAUGCAUAUCAUAUUUCAUCGGAUCGAACUCAUUUACAAAUUUCAAAUCCUAAACUAUCAGAUGCUGGCAAAUAUAUAUGUGAAGCACAGAAUUCAGUCGGCAUGCUACGGCGACAAUUUAACGUUUUUCUAAAAGUUAUGGCCGAAUGGAAUCCUUGGUCAGAAUGGAGUGAAUGUAGUGUGACAUGUGGAGAAGGCUUUCGAACACGUGCACGUCUUUGCAACUAUCCCGAAGAAUUUGAAAAUAGCUCAAUUGCUAUCGACUUAAGUGGAUGUAUGGGUCCAAGCAUCGAGUCCCAAAAUUGUAUCCAAAAUCCAUGUGCAAUAGAUGGUUCUUGGAGUUACUGGACUGUUUGGACAUCGUGUUCGGCUACUUGCGAUUCUGGAGUUCAAUAUCGUUAUCGUUACUGUAAUAAUCCUUCUCCAGCUUACGGUGGAGCAAAUUGUUCUGGCCCAAAUAUUGAAGAAACUGUUUGCAAUGAUAGACCAUGUCCGAAAGAUGGCGAUUGGUCUAACUGGUCAGACUGGGGUCCAUGUUCCACGACAUGUGGAGUUGGUGUUCGUUUUCGAAGUCGUGAAUGUGACAAUCCAAAACCAGAAUAUGGAGGAAAAGAUUGCGAUGGAAAUUAUGUGGAAACAAUGGAAUGUAUCCAAGAACCAUGUCCAGUUAAUGGUGGUUGGAGUGAUUGGGAACCAUGGAGUCCAUGUUCAGCAACAUGUGCUUUAGGUAGAAAAGUUCGAAAACGACAUUGUACAAAUCCUGUUCCCCAAUAUGGUGGUAAAAAAUGUAUGGGAGAAGCACUUAUGAUUAAAGGCUGUGUGGUUCGACCAUGCUUUGAAGAUGGACCAAGAUCCAUUGAAUACGACAUUUCUGGCAAUAUAAGUGGUAUCCCUAUUUUGAAUCAACGUAUUUUGGCCAGAACCUCUGUAGAUGGUCCAACCAAGACGUAUAGAUUUAGAUCAUUCGAAGAUUAUAAACGAAAUAAGAAUAAGGAUAGCUGGCUUCCUUCUCUCGUAUUUUUGGUAUCUCCAAUGUCCAUGAAUAUGCUUAUGGUAGAAAAUGAAGAUCGAUCGGAAGAAAUUGAUUAUGACCAAGAUUUCGAUGAUGAAAAUGAAUUCGAACAAGAAUCGAAAGUUUCUUUCCAAACAGGCCAAGAAGUGAUCAUACGUCAGCAAGGGAAAACACAUCCAGAGAAUGGAGUAAUGGAAGUUUUUAUUGAAAUGAAUGGAGAAUUGCCGAUUGUUCAAUCAGAGUCUAAAUUAGUCAUUGAUCCAUUUACAGAGAAUUCGAUUCCAACGGGUAAAACAACCAGGCAAGCAUCAGCUAAUAAUUACAUGACAAUCGAUGGGAAACCGAUACAAUACUCUUGGGAUAGUAAAAUUAAAUAUAAAAAUCGUCCACAAUUGAGAAAGCUUAUGGUAGAGAAAAUCUCAGCCGAGAAUAUUGCUUCAAAUUAUGAUCCAAGAAAAAGAGAAUUAAAUCUUGUUAUGACCACAAAUAUUGAAGAUAAUUUAGAUUGUCCAGAAGGUUUCGAAACAGAUAGAUCACGAAAUAUUUGCGUAGAUGUUAAUGAAUGCGCUAAAAAUCUUUGCCAUUCAUCCCAAAUAUGUAAAAAUACUGUGGGUAGUUAUAAAUGUUCUUGCAGAAAUGGAUAUAAAUCUUUGGGGAAUGGGUAUCGAUGUUUAGAUAUUAAUGAAUGUGUAACGGAUACUCAUGAAUGUUCUCAUUAUUGCGAAAAUUUACCCGGCGGGUAUCUUUGCAGUUGCCCCAAUGGAAUGGUUUUAGGUGUUGAUCGCCAUACUUGUAUCAAAACCAGGAAAAAAAAUAAAAUGAAUUCUAAUAAAGAUGGCUAUAUACAUCCAAGAAACUUUGUGGAUGAAUUCAUAAACGAUUAUCCAAAUAAUUAUUCGAAUGAAAUGGAUUAUCCAGUUUCGGACUUUGGAUUCUUUAAUACAAGUGAUGAAUGUCCCACAGGAUUUUAUCCCGAGAAUAACGAUUGCCUUGAUAUAAAUGAGUGCCUAGACGAACCAAAAAUGUGUUCUAAAGCCCAUACAUGUUUGAACACUAAAGGAUCAUAUCUAUGUCUUCCAGCACCAUGCCCAGAAUAUGCAAAACGUGAUAUUCGUACGAAUUCUUGUAUUCAAUAUUGCAAUGACACAAAAAGUGCUGCAAUUUGUUCUGAAAAUGCUGAAAUUACUCAAACAAUUGCGUAUAAAACUUUGUCCAUCAUGGAAAAGGAUAUUGUACCUGGAGAUCCAUUGAUGGAAUUAGACAUGGAAGCUUUUGGCAAACGAACAAAACAUGUUUCUUACAUUCUACAAGAUAGUACUUCAGAGGUUUUCGAAGUAUUCAACACUCGAGGUGGUUUAGGAAUACUAACAUGCUACGCAUUUCCAGAAAAAAGUCGGGUUCACAGAUUAAUUGCAAUUGGAAAUUCUUAUAAAAAUGCGAAGAAAACAAAAUUAUUAUCGACCACAAAAUACAUAAUCCAUGUUUAUGUAUUUGAUUAAAAAUAUUG